CAUCUGGUGUGGCCUCUCCUGAUGAUGAUUCUCAUCUACGCUUUGCCGAUUUUACUGAGUUAGUCAGCAUUGGAUUCGGUUCCAUUCAAUUUCGUGUUUUAGUCCUUUUUGCGGUUGGAUGUAGACUUUCGCUUGUCAUCCUAAAUCAAGAAGAAUUGGUGGAGUCGAUUUGUAAUUUGCUGCAAUUUGAUGGGCGGAUUCAAGAUGAAAAAUUGAGGCAAUACAAAGAGCAUAAUGAUGGCACAAUGUGUGCAAAGCUGCUUGCUAUUAAUCGUAAACCAGAACGCACUGAUGAGGAAGAAAGAAUGACAACUGUUCUCCAGGCCUGCCUUGGUUAUUCAAAGUACUCGUACAGUUGGCGCUCAUUGAAGGGAACGAAAUUUCACGAAGCGCACGGGAAAAAGUAUCACUUUGGAAGCUUUAAGCAAGGGGACGUCUUGGGAUGCUUACUUCAUCUACCACACGAUAACAUUCAUCCUUCAAGAAGCUCAUCCGAUUACCUCCCGGUCACGCACAAAGAUGUUGAAACUGCCGGAGAACCAAAUAAAGCCGAGACUGGAGUGAUAGAAAGCAGAAAGGAUUCAAAAGAUGACACCGUUCCUGGGGCUGAGCAGCAAGUCCAUUGUGAAAGCAGAAAGGAUUCAACGGGCUCUCGACAUGGGCGUAGUGAUAAACUUCGCAACGAGUAUCGUCACUUAUCAAAAUGGUGUCCAGAGGGAAUGACGUACGAUGCUUUCAAAGCCAAUCAAGGAGCUCAACCGCGACGAAAUCGAUAUCAAGAUGUACCAUGUGGAGAUGCGCGUCGAGUGGUGAUCAAGUUCCCGGGAGCUCCAUGCGAAUACAUCCAUGCUAACUUUGUGAAGACACCACAGGCCGAGAAUCGUUUCAUCUGCACCCAGGGACCUCUCGAAAACACGGUCGUCGAUUUUUGGUUAGUGUUUAGUUGCUUUCCAAUUUGGAUCGUCAAGGUCGUAGUUGUUACCGCUCUCAUAGAAAAUCGGACAAGCCCACCAGCCGGACUCACACCACGGAAAGACGAACUCAACCACACGACUCGAGUUGACGCAAAACGACGGACCAAAAAGAGUCUCUGCGAUUUCCACUGCAUAACAGACGGAAGAACAUCAGUGCGUACUUGGCGAAGAUUGCUGCAAAUUCCGUGCAAUCGACGCGAUCAUCGGAAAUCUCGAGGAUAUGCACUUUUGAAGGAAAACGUUCUCGGUAAG